AGCUGUCUCAGUGACCUCUAAGAGCAGUUCUCCGAGUUAAGUCUUGCUCAUGCUUGACUCCAGCCUGCCACCGUAGGCCCCGCAACCCGCUGCCCACUUUGCUCUCCGCUAACUCAAGAACCUUGCCCACCCGCUUCCCUCCUCCCAUUUCGUCUUCCCCCCGCUGCAGCCUCCACUGGACGCGACUACGCAUGCGGAAUGAAAAAUAGGCUGGGCCCAGCAACUCGUGCGCGCUUCCCUCCACUUCCCUCGCCGUUGCCGGGCGCGCGCCAGGCGGUGCAGCUCCACAGGGUCCAAAGGGCGGUGUAGCAGCAGCGGCCGCUGCGGGAGAGGCCCGGAGCCCCGCCCCCGGGGAGGGGCCGGCCCGCAGGUCCCUGGGCCGGCGAGAUGCUGGAGAGAGGCGCGGAGUCCGUGGCCGAGGGCACCGACCCGAGUCCCACGAGUAAGGAACCGUUGAUCAAAGGAGCAGCUCCCCACCAGGGCCCGCCACAGAAGCCCAGCCAGUCGGUUCCAGGGCCCGCCGCGGCCGCGGGGGCUCGUUCCCGGCCCUGCCGGCGACCCCCGCCGCAGCGCCCGCAGCGCUGCCCCAACUGUGACAAGACCUUUUCUUACCCGUCCAAGCUGGCUACGCACAGGCUGGCGCACGGCGGCGCCCGCCCCCACCCCUGCCCCGACUGCCCCAAAGCCUUCUCCUACCCCUCCAAGCUGGCGGCCCACCGCCUCACGCACAGCGGCGCCCGCCCGCACCCCUGCCCGCACUGCUUGAAGGCCUUCGGCCACCGCUCCAAGCUGGCUGCCCAUCUCUGGACCCACGCGCCCGCCCGCCCCUACCCGUGCCCCGACUGCCCCAAGUCCUUCUGCUACCCUUCCAAGCUGGCAGCCCACCGCCACACGCACCACGCUUCCGAGGCCCGCCCCUACCCUUGCCUGCACUGUCCCAAGUCUUUCUCGUUCCCUUCCAAGCUGGCGGCCCAUCGCCUGUGUCACGACCCCCCCCCCCCCCCCCCGGGCAGUCCAACCAUGGCCCAGCAUCCCUGCUCCAGCUGCAGCCAGGCCUUCGGCCAGAGACGCCUCCUGCUCCUUCACCAACGCAGCCACCACCAGGCAGACGGCCAGGGGGAGCAGGAGUGAACCCUCCCUUGGGUCACUGCCCCCUCUGGGCCAGCCCCCAUCAAUAAAGUGGGAUUUCUAAUCCA